UUGCUGUAGUUUAGCGGGUCUCGACUUGACAACAUAGCCAAGUUUACAAGCAGUGUGUGUAAGUGUAGCAAUUCUGAUGGGAUUUAAAUAUUAUAUUGUGUAUUUAUUUUAUUAGUUAACUCUACAAUACACAAAUAUCAACAGGAUUUUUGUAGUUUAGUACCGGCUCUCUGCCAGAGUAUGUUAAAAUACUAACUAGCUGCUAAUGCUAAUAUGAGCUAACUAGGAGCUUUCUUAUUUUGUGCUGGGAAGCGGUUUCUGCGUUUAUUGUCAUCUCAAGCAGCUCCCAAGUAGCAGAACCAUUCAGUACUUAGAUGGCGGUGGCUCCUGCCUCGAUGGCCGAUAAGAUCAUAGUCCUCGACGAUGACGAUGAUAAUACCGACAUAGAGCAGCGACCUCAACCUUCAUCAUCUGAGCUUCGGGCCAAAAAUGUGUCACCACCUAAAAAUCAGCAUCUGGUACAAACCCACAUCGCACCGUCACCUUUUAGCUUAGCGAAGAAGAGUACAAAAGCUCUGCAGGUCCAGAACCAGAAGCUGUUUGACGAGUUUGUGCAGCACUGCACUCCUCUCACCAACGAGUGCCCAGAGGUCCUGACCUUCCUCCAAACCAAACACAGCAAGGCCUGUCCGGACUACCUCUGCUCCGUGGAGUUCAGGAACUCUCUGGGUCAAUGUCUGACUCGAGCUCAGGGCAACGUCGGCAAAACAUUUGUCUACAUUAACGAACUGUGCACCAUGUUGAAGCAGCACUCCGUGAAGAAGAGGCAGACCCUCAGCAAGGUGGAGCCCUCUGCUUCUGAAUCAGGAAGUCAUCAGUCUACCUCCGCAUCGCUCAAAAGCAAAGAUAAGAGGAAAGGUGGGACAGGGGAGGAGGAAGAUGGUGUUCAGUCAGAGGAAAAGGAGCAGCCUACCACCUCAGGAGAUCCAGGGGAAACCAGAGAGGAAAAUCCAGAAGCUGACAGGAAAGCCAGGAGAGCGCUAAGGAAACAGAUUGCGUACCUGGAGAACCUGUUGAAGCUCUACAACGAUGAGAUCUACCGGCUGCAGCAGGUGGAGCUCAGCUUAGACGACAUGGAGACGGAGAACUCCACCUACAUCCAGGAGCACAAACUCAAACGGAAGAUGAUGAAGAUUUAUGAAAAGCUGUGUGAACUGAAAGGCUGCGGCUCACUAACAGGCCGAGUGAUUGAACAGAGGAUCAGAUACACCGGAACCCGCUACCCAGAAAUCAACAAAAGGAUUGAGCGCUUCAUCAACAGCCCAGGGACGCACAACAAACCUCCAAAUUACUCAGACAUCCUGCAUCAGGUGGUGCGAGCAAACAAGCGCCACGGCCUUUGUCUGAACGCGGAGCAGCGGGAAGAGGUCGCCCGGGAGGCGUUCACGGAGACGGGAAAACGCGUGCAGGAGCGGCGCCACCUGGACCUGGUCUACAACUUCGGCUCGCGCCUCACAGACACUUACAAGCCUGCGACGGACCCGGCUCUGAUGGACCCGGCUCUGUUGAAGAAGUUGCGCUCCAACAGGGUAGUUGCUUUGUCCCGUCUGGAGGAAGUCAUCAAUAAAUACGCUGUGGAGCAGGACAUGGUGGACAAGGAGAAGCUCCGGAUGGACAAGGAGAAUCAAAAAGUGGGAGAGAAAUCAAAGACCAAGCAGACAAACGGAGUGGCUCAGGAUGAGGAGGAUGAGGAAGAGGAUGAGGAUGAGGAUGAAUCGUCAGACCCGGACAUAGAGGACGAGAUCGAGGCCAGCACUCAGCAGCACGGCGCAGAUGACGAUGAUGAUAAUGAGGAAGACAACGAUAACGAGGCAGACGAAGCCGGCGACGACGCUGACAACAAAGAGGAUCAAACGUUGGAGGAGACAGGAAGCACAAAGGAUGAAGACGAUCCGGCGUCCGAUGAAACUCAGAUCUCCCCGAUGUCCGACGUCCGGUCGCCCAGAGACAGCCCCAGCCAAUCAGAGUCCAUGCAGACCGACGAACAGCUGCCGUCGUCAAAUGGGAGCCCAGCGGCUCCGCGGCAAUCCGAGGACUCGUCCAAUCAGGUGUCAGGCGUUGCUGUAGCCGAUGAGCCCACAGAUCUCCCAUCAUCCCCUGCAGCAGCCGUAACCAAUGGGAAUCCUUCGCCGGAACAAAAAACCGUCUCAGUGGAACAAAGCAACACGCAGACGACCAACGGCACGACUCCGGUUCCCAGCCCGAGAACCACGAGGAGCCUGAAGAGGAAGAGGGAGGAAGUGAUGUCAUCAAACUCCAGAAGCACAAAGCAGAAGAUGAGUUAUGACAGCAACGCAGACAUCCCUCUGGACAUGGGCGUUAUUUGCUGCGGUUCUCCACAGAAGGAGGAAUCGUCUGUACUCGACACUCUCACUAAGAACCCGACCGUCAGCGUUCAGUCGACGCCGCCGCCCAAGAAGAACAAGGUUAACGUUGCGACUCAGUGCGACCCAGACGAGAUCAUCGUCCUGUCGGACUCGGACUGAAAACAGGAACACGUUGAUUUUCCAACGGCCUUCCUGAAAAUGGGCUGACCUCUGCUGACCCUGGAGAACUGGAACAAGACGAUGACCAGGAUGCAGUUUCUGUUUUCUGCCUGCAGGGGGCGCUCUCUGGUGGGUUUUCACCGCAGACCUCCAGCUGACGCUGUGGUGGAGAAGACGUUUCAGGAUGAUGAGCUGAACGGUCGGACAUGUUGAGUUUUCCUCCUUGAAGGAGCUCAGUUCAGGGAGCAGCUCGUCUGUUUACAUUUUCUACGUUAUCUCUGCAGACAACAGGCGGGUUUGGGUUUGUAUAAAAAUAUUUCUGAUAUUUUCCUGAUUUCCUGUUUGUGCUGCUGAGGCGACAAACUGAUUGCUCAGAUGUUUGACGCAGCAGCAGAAAUACGUAACAGUCUCAUUUUUCCUUUUCCUCUCGGCCCUUAAAAGCAGAUUUUACCACACAGUCUAUAAACAGCUUCCUGAAAGCUCGCCCUAAAAGACCAAAACAAUAAAAUUUCCUUUUUUUCCAUCAAAUAUUUCAAUUACAUUUUUAAAUUGCUGUAGAUUUCAGACUCUGUUCUCCCUCUAUUGGUUCUCCCUUUAAAAAUGCGUAAAAGCACAUAAAAAAAAAAUCAAGUUUAAAGAUGUAACACAAUCUAUGGAAGCAACUGAUUGUUUAAUAAAAAUUAUAUUUACUAACAUGAAGGGAUAUUCUCAAAUUAUUUUUUUCAGCUUGUUUUUAUGUCUUGCCUACGAUGGCCUGUUAGGGCCUCUACAGUUCUCUACAGUAGAGAAAAAGGAAUAUAUUCAAAAAGUUUGAGAUUAAUCUCAGACAUUUUCUAAGAAAAACAAGGACAUUCUGAGUUUGAAAAGUUGAACAUUUUUUAGAAAAAAAUCUGGAAUCUUGAGUCGAAUCUCUAAAUUCUAGAAAAAUCUUGGAAAUGGACUUUUGGAGUUUCGAAAGUCCAAAUUUUAGACCUGGGAAAUUUUCUAGGAACAUUUUCCCAUGUCUUUUUCCAAGAACAUUCCUGAGAUUCACGUCAGAAUUCCUGAAUUGUUCUUGCAAAUUUUUGACUUUUGAAACCCAGAAAUUUUCUAGAAAUAAACGAAAAUUUCAAAUUAAUCUGACUUUUUUUUUUCUUGUAAAUUUUCAACCUUUUUUUCAAGAAAAUUUCUGGGUUUAAUCUCAAAAUUCAUUAUUUUUUUUCCUGGAAAGUACACUUUUGUUUCUGUCAGCAAUGACCCGAAUACCACGUGGUUCUUUUCCCUUCUGCAGCCAACACUCAGAGCAUUAAAGUAGCCAACACUGCCACCUGCUGACGGUGGUUUGUAGCUGAAUGUUUUUACACCAACAUGUAAAAAAUUAAUUUUUAAUUAAUUAAAACAAUUUAGUUAAUUAAAUUAAUUAUUCCUGGAUGCUUUGCAUAAAAUAUUGCUAAAAAUCUGGUUAACAGAUGGAAAGUAACAAUUUACAUUUCCUGUUGAUCCCACAUGAUCCUUUAGCUCUAUGCAAAUUAGACAUUAAAUCUCCAGAGGUUUAGUUUCUUUUUUGGGGAGUUAAAAUUAAAACCUUCUUCAGCCUCAUUAAUAAAAAUUGCUGGAUUUUUUUGUCCAGUAAAAACAGAGAAACUGAAAACAUUCAUUAGUUGAAUGAAGGCAGCAGAAAUCACAUUUUAGACUUAAUUAACUUAAGCUAAAUGAUGGUUUAUUUAUCUAAAUGAAGCCUAAAUCAUUAUUAAAACUCAGUUAAAGAUCUCAGAUGGUAUAAAAAUAUUCAUCAGUACCUGUUAUUUUUACCAAACGUUAAACAUUUUCCCCCUAUCAUCAGAAAUCGCUUUAUUGUUUAUUAUUCAGUGUUUUUAUUCUGUCCUGCUGAAAGAACUGAACUUUCUGGUUUGUGUGUUUUUUUUAUCUCUGGAAUAUUUUUGAAAGAGUUUUGCACUUUGCAUUUUCAGAACCCGAUGAAUAAAAUGUCAUUUUUAAAUCUGCUGUUGUGCGUCUGCUGGUGGGUUCGAAUGUCUUCAGGUUUUCUAUCCCAGGAUUAAAAACUUAUUGAUUAGAUUUUACCUUGCAGGUGAAUUUCUCUUUCUGGGGGUAAAAACUCUUUUCAGAGUUUAAGGAUGUGAAUCGUUGUGUUUCUACAGACUCUCCUCCUCUGUCCAGACAAAUGUCCUUUCAUUCACUGUGAAAUAUUUUCCUUUUUUUACUUUGAUAUGAAGAUAAAUAAUAAAAAUAGCUAUAAAACA